AUGGCCACCGCCUCUAGCCUUACGGCAACAGUUUCAGUCAACGAAGAUGCCGCUUGGAUUACGGAGCGUUCAUGCGGGCAAAAGUGCGUCUGGAUCGACAGCGGACAUAUCGGAGCACCAUACCCAGAUAUUGUCAUGCACCUCAAUUGCGGAUCUCCUUACCUCAACGCAUGCUUUUGCCGAUCUGAUUUUGGGACGUCUGCCACAACAUUUCUUAGCAGCUGCGUUUCCAGUCGCUGCGAGAGCGAUGGGAUAAACGACUAUGGUACCGAGCUCUUUAGUGCACUAUCUAUAUAUUCAAACUAUUGCAGCACCGCCGCAGGCGUUGUUUUUGCAGCCCCUUCAGUCGAUGUAACAUCUGCUAGCGCUAUAUCUACCACUGAGAACUCAAUAUCUGCAUCUGCGGGGACGACCACAGCUUCUACACCGUCAAAUACUUCGUCUGAGGGCGCUUCCGCCAGUCAGCCAUCGAAUUCUGGAGUACCAGCUCAAAACAUUGACCCAAGCUCUUCCACAGAGUCCGCCUCCAGUGGUUUGAGCAAUCCGGCUAAGAUAGGUCUUGCUGUUGGACUGAGCGUCGGCAUCCUCGCCAUCAUUCUUGGAGUCGGAGCCUUCAUUUGGCGCAAACGCCACAACCGUGCUCGACAGAGUAGCCAUUAUCAAGCACAACCUGCAGUCUCUGACCUCAACCAUAACGCUUCGCAAUACCCUCCACCAGUUGAGAACAAAUUCAAUCCAGGAUGCAUGUCCUCAACCCAUACAUCUGAGCUAGGAGGCUAUCAACGCCCAAGACAUGAGUUAGGUGCUUCUCAAGGUCAGCGGUCUGAGUUGAGUAGCUAA